GUCCAGAGCCCCACAAGUCUCACCCUCUUUGAUGGCAACUGCAGUCCUUGUCGUCCUACUAAUUAUAAAAGUUCUGCUGGAGAAGUUAAAGUUUCUGGGUCAACUCCUACUUCUCCUACUUCUGCCGGGUUAACUACUACAGCUGCUAAACAAGGUCAGG